CACGGCUUCCGUCCCACCUUUGUCGAGGACAGCCAGCGCUUUUACUUCCCGAGAAUGAGCCUCCGACACCCUAUGCGCCGCCUGCCCGUGGACGAACUCCUGGAGCGCGCGGCGUCUGUCGCGAACCUCGCGAUGCUGCGUACAUACGCCGAGCCAUCCCCCAUCCAGGUCGCCGCGAUCAACGAAUACACCCCCCUCCUGGAGUCUAAGCUGAAAUCCCUUCCCCCGCAUGAUGCCUUCACUCGAAAAAGGAUCCUGACACAACUGGACAUACACCGAUCCAUCCUCGCUCCCAUCCGCCGCCUUCCUAAAGAGCUCUUGAUAGAGAUCUUCUUUCUACUGGCGUACGAAUCAUCGCUUCGAACUCUGCAGGUCGCUGCCACCAUAGCAGGAGUCUGUGCUGUCUGGCGGGCAGUCGCGCACGGACUCACGAAGUUGUGGACAAAAUUGGUCGUCAAAUCAUUGCGCGACAUAGAACGAUACUGCCAACUAUUCCUUCCUCUAGCUAGGGAGAACUUACCAGAUCUGAGAUUCGACGAUCCCAUGAUCUUAGGGUCGCUGUGGGAUGGCAUCGAACCAUACGCCUCUACCUGGCGCUCCCUUUCGAUCGAGGGUCGUCUCAGCAUGCUUCCCGAUCUCAAAGUCCUCUAUAUGGAGAAUCUCGAGAGGCUGAUCGUCGACGCAUACGAUGCGCCUUCUUCCCAAGAUCUCAGCGCUCUUGAUUUCGUCGUCGCACCAUGCCUUCGCCAUGUCGCGCUGACCCUUGAUAACCUGCAAAGCGCCCGUCAGUUACACAUCCCCGUCACGCGGGCGCUCACGUCGUUGGAGAUUACCGCGGACUCUCCCUUCCCCGUGAAUCUUACUAUCCCUCUCUUGCAAGCGUGCGCGGAUACGCUGGAAUCGCUCACCCUCAAAGUUCGCCACCCCCUGGAAGGCCCCGAAGGCUCCUACCCGACGAGCGCCUCCACGACAUUCGUCAUGGGGGCUCUGACAUUCCUCAGCCUCGUUGAUCCCGCCUGCGCGCUUCUCAACCACGUCACCGCUCCCCUCCUCGACCAUCUCGUUCUCAGUAAUGUCCCAGCGUAUGGCUCGCGCUCGCUAUUGGGAUUCUUGGCGCGAAGUCAGGUCUCGCAAUGCUUACGCAUAUUCAGAGUCUACAUGGCGGAGGAACGAGAGCCAUCGGCAUGGAUCCCCUGCCUUCGACUCAUGGACAAACUCCGACAGUUGCACUUUGACGAUAUGCUGUCAAACGCAGAGUUUCUCGAGCAGUUGACCCUGCGCAAGGAUAGGCCUUCAUUGCUCCCUGCGCUGACAGGUAUCACCAUUGCCCACAUAUUCCACAGUCGCCCCGACUUGUAUGACGCUAUUGGCGAUAUGUGUGCGUCGAGGGAGGUGGAGACAGUUUACUGUGGGAGAAGAGCUUGGGCGCAAAUCGACUGGAUUCUGGACUGAAUGCGAUCAUCAUCUAUGGAAGCGUUAUGGACAUGUAUCUCGUAGGUAUACUGAACAGGUAUGAAUGAACCGGGGUUAUUAAAUCGCGAGGGCCUCCACUGAAUAAGCG